AUGCAAUAUAUGGAGACCAGCCAGUUAGCUGCAGAUAUGGGCAGUGAAGUCCGCUUGCUCGAUGACGCUGUCGUGUUCAUUGAGGCGGGCGCCAGUGCAAACUUUGACAAUGGUGGUGAAAAGACCUUGCUACAGAUGGCUCUUCAUAACGGCGACGUGAAUUUGGUCGAACAUCUGCUUCAAGCAGGCGCAGACCCAAAUGCAACCUCAAACGAAUGUGGUUCUAUGCCUCUUGUGCUGGCGGCAAGGAAGCAAGCUCAAGAGGCACUGGUGGAAAUGCUCAUUCAUGCUCGGGCUGAUGUGAAUGCAUCCCCCGCAGAGUACGAUGGCACUGCGCUACAGGCUGCGGUAGAAUCAGGCAAUAUGAACAUCGUGACGAUGUUGCUUAAGGCUGGUGCUGAUGUGAACGCAUCCCCCGCAAAGCACGGAUGCCCUGCGCUACAGGCUGCGGUACGAUCAGGCAAUGUGAACAUCAUGACGAUGUUGCUUAAGGCUGGUGCUAAUGUGAACGCAUCCUCUACAGAGGAAGACCGAAGAACUGCGUUACAAGCUGCGGCAGCAUCCGGCAACCAGAAAGGUGUGACGAUAUUGCUAAAGGCUGGUGCCGACGUGAAUGCGCCAGCGUCGGAGGUAUGGGGGAACAGUGCAUUGCAAGCAGCAGUAUCGAGUGGAUGUAUUGCGAUUGUUGAGCUGCUGAUUGGAGCGGGUGCCGACGUGAAUCAGGAACCGGCAUACAAGGGGGUUGCAACAGCACUGCAGUUUGCCGCGAUUUAUGGUUAUCUGGGAAUUGCAGGCUUGCUGAUUGAGGCCGGAGCAGAUAUCAACGCGGAUGCCGCCCCGAAGAAGGGCAGGACUGCGCUUGAAGGUGCAGCGGAACAUGGUGGGGUUGCCAUGGUCGAACUACUGUUGGCAGCCGGUGUGGAGACCAAAGGAGCAGGCCGGGCCCAAUAUCUCACCGCGAUCGACUUUGCAAGACGUCGCGGCCAUUUAGUGGUGGCUAGGAUGUUAGAAUCUCACAGCUCUAGGGAUUUCUAG